UUGUAUGGCCUGCCCUGGCAAAGCAGGACGCCCCUCCUCAGAUGGUGACAGUUACCUGUGUGGCCAGGAACACAGCUCCCUGCUCCUCCAGCCAGUCACACAUCCUUUCUCAUUUCCAGGGGCCCAGGCUCAGGUACCCUCAGAGGGAAGGGAAUCAGAGGGAGGGGCCAGCAGUCUAGGCUGAUCAGGGCUGGGCUGGGCAGGGCUUGGGUGCCACUCUGCCAGGCUUUUGGACUCUCCACAGCUCUCCACAUAAAGGGACCGGCACUUCACCCCGCAUCAGGAUCCUCUGCAGGGGAGCUCUGAGUGUCCACCAGAAGGGAACUUUCAGCUCCUGGCAUCUGUGAGGAAGGAAGGCGGGAGCUGUCUAUGCUGAGGACAAUGACCAGACUCUGCUUCCUGUUAUUCUUCUCUGUGGCCACCAGCAGGUGCAGUGCAGAUGACCUGUAUUUUCUCUGCACCAAGAAUGGUGUUGUCUACCAGACCUUCUGUGACAUGACCUCUGGGGGUGGUGGCUGGACCCUGGUGGCCAGCAUGCAUGAGAAUGACAUGCAUGGGAAGUACACGGUGGGUGGCUGGUCCAGUCAGCAGGGCAACAAAGCAGACUACCCAGAGCGGGAUGGCAACUGGGCCAACUACAACACCUUUGGGUCUGCAGAGGCGGCCACAAGCAAUGACUACAAGAACCCCCGCUACUACGACAUCCAGGCCAAGGACCUGGGCAUCUGGCAUGUGCCCAACAAGUCCCCCAUGCAACAUUGGAGAAACAGCACCCUGCUGAGAUACCGCACCAACACUGGCUUUUUCCAGAGACUGGGACAUCAUCUGUUUGGCCUCUACCAGAAAUACCCAGUGAAAUACGGAUGAGGGAAAUGUUGGAAUGACAAUGGCCCAGUCAUACCUGUGGUCUAUGACUUUGGUGAUGCUAAGAAGACUGCAUCUUGUUACUCACCAUAUGGUCAAUGGGAAUUUGUUGCAGGAUUCGUCCAGUUCUGGGUGUUUAAUAAUGAGAGAGCAGCCAAAGCCCUUUGUGCUGGGAUAAGAGUUACUGGCUUUAACACUGAGCAUCACUGCAUCAGUGGAGGAGGGUUCUUCCCACAGGGCAAGCCCUGUCGGUGUGGGGACUUCUCUGCCUUUGACUGGAAUGGAUAUGGAGCUCACAUUCGGAGAAGCUGCAGUCAGGAGAUAAUGGUGGCAGCUGUACUCUUGUUCUAUAGAUGAGAGAGAGCUCUGCGGUGUCGGGGUGAGAACCCAUCUUCCAACCCCAGCUAUUGGGAGACAGAAAAACCGAAAUUCUAACAAGGAGGAGAAGAGACUAAAUUACAUCAAUCUGCAACUCUA